AUGAAAAGAUCAAGCACAAUACCAAAACCAAGUAAUACAGGUAGUGACAAAAUCAAUGAUGAAUUUAUUCUUUCAAUUGUUGGAGAUGGAGCAGUUGGAAAGAGUUCUCUCUCCACAAGAUUUAUGCAAGGUACUUUCGAUAAGCAACAAAUUUAUGAUCCUACCAUUGAGGAUGCUUAUUACAUAAAAAGAAAUGUAGAUGGAAAACCAACCCAUCUGGAAUUGAUAGAUAGUGCAGGACAAGAAGCCUUGAGGUCAACUUUUAUGAGAAGAUCAUUCGGGUUUAUUUUUGUUUUUGAUGUUACAAAUGGAGAAACCCUAAAAGCAUUGAAGGAGUACUAUGACCAAAUAAUAAGAAUUAAAACUGGUGAUGAAGAAUACAUUCCUGAUUCCAAUAUUCUCCAAAGGCCCCCAUUUCCUUGUAUAUUUUUAGGAAACAAGAUAGACCUUUUACUAAAGAACCCACAAAUUGCAAAAUGGAAAGAGAAAAUUCAAACAUCCCAACAAGAAGAAAAAAGGGAUAAGAAGCUCCUUAGAAAGCUUGACAAGGAAGUUAGAUCCUUCAUAGAAAGAGAAAUUAUUGGAAUUCAGACAGGAGAAAAGAAUACAUUCCAUCUGCCUCUUUACUGGACAUCAGCCAAAGAGAAUAUUAAUGUAGUUGAAGGGUUUGAAGGAAUAGUAAGAGAAAUGAGAACAAUGUCAAUCCCUAUAGCAAAACAAAAAAGAAUGAACAACACACCAAAAACUCUCUCUAAUCAAUCAAGUUCAACUGAAAGAAGACGAUGGUCAAGUUUUAGCUCUUCAAAAAAGUCCACUCCUAAUCAUUCCAUUGAAAAGCCAUCAUCAUAUCCAAGCAGAAGGGGAAGUUUCUUAUUUUCCUCAUUUAAUUGUGAUAAUGAUAUGGAAGACUUAGUAUGA